ACUUGGUUUAACAUGGAUGAUGGUGCUAUGAAAUGUGAAUCUAACGGGGUAAACAUCAUCCUUGUGAUGGAGAAAACAGUCGACAGGAUCACCAUCAUGAACAAGGGACAAGUUUUGCACAAUCAGGCUUUCACUGAUAACGACGCAUUCUGUCGGAAACCUACAAAAUCUAUCAGAACACAAGUUUGGAACUACGGAGGAUCACUGGAUCUCGGUGUCUUCGACAAUUCAACUCCUCGAGAGGAAUGUGCCAAGUAUCCGGACCACUGGAAAGUGCUCUUUGCUGGAACUGAUUUUCCACUUGAGUCAGGAGAAAGUGUGACAGUGCGCUGUGCGGGGGGAGGGAGUGUCACUGUGACUUGUAUCAGUGGAGAAACAUACGAUACAAGUCCGGACUGUGAGUCUGUAAAGAGAAACGCUCAAGAAUGGAUGACAGAGAAGAGCCUGACAGACGUGGAUACAGAGAAUAGAGGAGAAAUAAUUUAUCUGUUGGCUGGAUGCAGAGGUAAACAACUGCGAAAAGGAAAACGGACAAGGCUUCUCCAGAACGAGCUGAAGACGGAGAAUCUUGAAUCCCUCCACCAACAUCCGAACACAUCAACAAACACUGAAGCAAAACCAGAAGAGCGACUUCAAACCGUUUUAGAGAAGGUAGACCUGACAAGAAGAAGUUUGGAGUGA